AUGAAUAGUUUGCAAUUACGGGUUGCUUUACAAAACAUACCCUGCGAUACUAUAGGCGUUUAUGCUGCGAACGACCUACGUUUUGAAGUAAACCUGCUGCUAUUAUCGCUAAUACUGACGACCAUACAAUACGACCUGGAACACAUUGGGUCGCUAUUCAAUAUGCCUCGUUAUAAGUAUGGUUCGAAAAAGAAACCAGCGAUUGAUGUCGAUGCCAUGGUGGCUGCCAUGAAAGAGGUGAUGAAUGACAAAAAAUUGCAAUGCUCCGUUGCCAAAGCGUACAACAUCAAUGACACCAAACUGCAUCGCUACAUUUCCGACCUGAAAAGUAAAAACAUAGAUCCCGCAACCGCCACGAAUGAACAAUUGACCGAUUUUGUAACCACAAAAUGUAACGUGACUGGUGGAAGAACGGUUUUCAGCGUGGACCAAGAGAAAGAGCUGAUGAAAUACCUCCUUCAUUCCACCGCCAUGUAUUAUGGAUUGACCAUCUGUGAGUUGGUAACAAUGGCCUACGAGUUCGCAAAGAAGUCGGGCGUUCGAUAUCCUCCAGAAUGGGAUGUUCAUUGCAAAGCAUCGAAGGACUGGUAUUAUGCAUUUAUGCAUCGCCAUCUGAAUCUUUCUCUCCGAACGCCGGAGCAGACCAGUGCCAACCGUGCUAAGGCCUUCUGCGCCGAAAAUGUCAAUGCUUUUUUCACCAAUCUUCAUGUCGCCAUGUUCCAAAGUGGGAUAAGGUACGAUCCAGAUCGCAUCUGGAACAUGGAUGAGACGGGAUGCCCCACAGUACCAACUAAAACAGUUAAAGUAAUCGCAGAGAAGGUGAAAAAAAGAGUGGGUCAAAAAACUUCCGCAGAGAGAGGCACAAAUGUUACAUUGGCGCUUGCUGUGAAUGUGGCAGGACAAUCCAUUCACCCUUUUUUUAUUUUUCCGAAGAAAAAUAUGCAAAGUUCAUGGAUGGUCAAAGCUUCUCCAGGUACUGUCGGUGUGGCAAACGAAUCGGGAUGGAUGGAUUCAAAGACAUUCGUCAAGUACCUGGGUCAUUUUAUUAAGCACGCCCACGCUUCCAAAAGUUCACCGACCUUGUUGCUCCUGGACAGCCACACAUCGCACCUAAGUAUUGAGGUCAUUGAUAUGGCGAUCGAUGCGGGCAUAACUAUGCUGUCAUUCCCUCCCCACUGCACGCAUCGAAUGCAGCCACUCGAUGUAACCAUAUUUGGCCCGUUCAAAACGAUGUUUUCUCGGCAGUGUCAAAAUUGGAUGAAAUCGCACUCUUCAUUGCAGUUUUAUCAUAUUGUCACCAUUGCUGAACAAUGUCUCGAUGCAUGUGCGACGCGAAAGAAUAUAAAGAAUGGAUUUCAAGUCACGGGAAUUUGUGAGUAUAAUCCCGAUGUUUUCACUGCUGAAGAUUUUGUUGCUGCCGAACUGAGCGGCGAAAAUGAGACCAUUGAGAAUGAGGGCGAUAAUCAACGCGUUUUAAUGGUUAGUGGGGAUGUGAUUGAAACGGUUGCGCAUGAAGAAGUGACAACAUCUGCUUCUGAAAUAGCCAGCACAUCAGGUGCAUCAUCGAUGCCAAGCACAUCUGGCGCAUCCAUUCGCCGUGCAUUGAAAGAACAACAGAGGACCGACCAGCCUAUGGAAGAGGAAAAUCUGGAGGAGGAGCAGAUCCGACCAAAAAGAAGUUAUAAGAGGCUGACUCCACUGGACGAGGAUGAGGAGGAGGAACCGGCCGACGACGCCCAAAUGCCCUCCUAA